CAGACAAUUAAAUAUCUAACAAAACAACAAAACUUGAAAAGAACAUAUUAUUAAAAUGCAAGACUGCCCAAUCGGAUAAGAAGAAACUGUUUUGACAAUUUGAAACCAAAAAAAAAUAAAUAAAACUAAAGAAACAAACAAAUUACAAAAGAGAAAAGAUGGAAAAAGUUUUCUCCGACGAAGAAAUCUCCGGUAACCAUCACUGGUCGGUUAAUGGAAUGACGUCGUUGAAUCGCAGUGCUUCCGAAUGGGCAUUCAAUCGUUUCAUACAAGAAUCCUCCGCCGCUGCAGACGACGGAGAAUCUACGACGGCGUGUGGUGUUUCCGUCUCCUCUCCUCCUAAUGUUCCUGUAGAUUCAGAGGAAUACAGAGCAUUUCUCAAGAGUAAACUUAAUCUUGCUUGUGCUGCUGUCGCCAUGAAAAGGGGAACUUUCAUCAAACCUCAGGAUACUUCUGGUAGAUCUGACAAUGGUGGAGCCAAUGAAUCAGAACAAGCCUCUCUUGCUUCUUCCAAAGCUACACCAAUGAUGAGCAGUGCUAUAACAAGUGGAUCUGAGCUCUCUGGUGAUGAAGAAGAAGCUGAUGGUGAAACUAAUAUGAACCCUACUAAUGUUAAACGCGUUAAAAGGAUGCUCUCUAAUAGAGAAUCAGCUAGACGGUCCAGAAGAAGAAAGCAAGCACACUUGAGUGAGCUAGAGACACAAGUUUCACAGCUUCGUGUAGAGAAUUCAAAACUCAUGAAGGGUCUCACUGAUGUAACUCAAACAUUCAAUGAUGCAUCUGUAGAAAACAGAGUUUUAAAAGCCAAUAUUGAGACACUACGAGCAAAGGUAAAAUACUUUCUUUUAUCUCUCUGUCUACCAAAACUCGCUAUUGAAGCAUGUUUGUUUUUGGCAGGUGAAAAUGGCUGAAGAGACAGUGAAGAGACUCACUGGCUUUAACCCAAUGUUCCACAAUAUGCCUCAGAUUGUUUCAACUGUCUCUCUUCCUUCAGAGACAUCAAAUUCUCCAGACACUACAAGCAGCCAAGUGACUACACCAGAGAUCAUUAGCUCGGGGAACAAAGGCAAGGCCUUGAUAGGGUGCAAGAUGAACAGAACAGCUUCGAUGCGUAGAGUUGAGAGCUUGGAACAUCUGCAGAAACGUAUUCGAAGCGUUGGGGAUCAGUAGCUGUUAAAGAAGAAUCUUGAUUUGUAACAUUAAUCUUAAGACAUAUGUUAAGACAAAAUGUUGUAUGUUUUUGUAAAGAAUUGUUUUUUCAGAUUAUUUAAAUUUUUUUUUGUCUUCUUCGUUGAUUGUUUGUGUUGAACUUCUAAUUUUCAUUGUACAUGUCUUUUGUUAAAUUUACAAAGUUUUUCUAA